UAUGUCGAAGUUCACUCGGUAAUUUCCGUCCUCGGCCAGCCGGUGGUGUCACUCACCAGCAGAGACUUCAACCUCUCUGAACAUACCUUUCACUACUGAAUGGGAUAUAAGCUGUGAGGGAAGCUUCGGUGCUGUUGUUUCGAUGGUCAGCCAUGGAUGAAGACGACAGCCAAGAUGAGCUGAUCAACCGCAGUUCAUCUCACAGCAAAGGAAAACGAGCUGCAUUAUGGGCCAUCUCAGAUGACUCGGACGAUCUAGAGGAAGAGUCUGAAGAGGGAGACUCUGAUAGUGACGACGAUGAGGAGGAAGAGCACAACGCGAAUGGAGAAGACGAUGAGGAGGAAGAGGAAGCGAGCGACGAGGAGGAUGAUAUUGAUGAGGAGGAAGAUGAUAAGCCAGAGAAAGGGGCUUUUGGGGGAACCUCUACUGACUUUGCAGAGAUGAGCUCAGAUGAGGACAGAGAAAAGUGUCCCAUCUGCCUGAACUCAUUCAGUAGCCAGCCUGUUGCAACACCAGAGAACUGUGAGCACUACUUCUGUUUCGACUGCAUCCUAGAGUGGACUAAGAAUGCUAACUCGUGCCCUGUGGACCGGAUUAUCUUUAACAACAUCUACCUAAGGAAGUCUUAUGGAGGAAAAGUAAAGAAAAUUGUCACGGUUCAGAAGCCCGUGAAGGCAGGUCAGGAGGAAACGGUAGACUUGGACCUGGAGCAAACCAACUGCGAGGUGUGCGGGGGCAGUGACCGGGAGGACCGGCUCCUACUCUGCGAUGGCUGCGACGCGGGGUAUCACAUGGAGUGCCUCACGCCUCCUCUUGACGCUGUUCCUGUAGAGGAAUGGUUUUGUCCCGAGUGUGAAGCCAACAAUCGGCAGUCAAGAGGUCCAGUUGAGGAGGUUAGUGACACAGAAAGCCUGUCCUCGACUCCCCGUCCGGCCACUAGUCGAUCUCGACCCAGCGCCGUCGGUCCCACCAGAGCUAUCGCCCGUACCCAGCAAAGCGAGAGGGUUCGAGCCAACGUCAACCGACAUCGCAUAACCCAGGCACGCUCAUCGCAGUUGGCUCCAACAUAUCUGAUACAGUCGACUUGGCUGGAUGAAACUAUUAAUGCCGUGGUCGCCGGGCUCAACACGGCCGUCUACGUACGGGACAUCACCCCCCGGGCCCCGUCAAGUCGGAGACGCAGAACCGUUAAACGUAGAAAAGCGAGAAGAAAGAAGACGUCCGUUAGGGGUAAAAAUGGCCAAGCAGAAAGCGCUGGAGUCAAACGGAGGAAACGACGAGUAAGGAAGAGCAAAUCCAGGAAAAAAGCUUUUGAAAGAAAGGUAGCCACGCCGAGAAGCCGUAUCGCCAACAAUCUUGGGAUUGUUAAGGACAAGAAAAGCUCUUCGCUCCCAACAGUUUACCGACCGUCAGAGAACACUUUGAGCAACAUGCGUGCCGACAUCGGAGCUGCGUCCCUCUCCAUCUAUGGAGAUCCGUUUGACCUGGAUCCAUUCGUUGACCACGAGGAGGUCGAAGAGCGAGCCCAGGUUACGUCAUUGUUGGAGGCGAAAAGGCGAGGGAUCUCUCGCUCUGCCCUCCGCUCUCAUCAGCCUGUGGCUCGUCCAGUCACUGCAGGCCUCUCCAGGAGAGGUGUGGACCUCCCACACUUGGGGAGUGUUGUGGAGGCCGCCCCUGUGCCUGAUCUCCUGGGAAGCAUCCUGUCUGGACAGAGCAUGCUCCUGAUGGACAGUUCAGACGUUGUCAUUAGUCGGGACGGCUCUCUUAAAGCUUCAAAGCCAACGAUGCCAUCGACGGCAAUUCCAAGUAGUAGGAAAAACAGUAGUUCAAGCGACACCAGCGCCCUCAACAGUCCAGGGUGUUCGUACAGCUUAGGAGACAACUCUGCAUCUCUGCACCACAAUGGGAAUCUACCGGGAUCCUCGCCUACCUCUGUCAAUGGACUUUUGCCCUCAAGCUCCUCUCAUUUACCCUCCUUUGUGCCCCCAUCAGCCAACCACAACCAACCCAGACCACAUUCUGAUUUCACUCCCAGAGCCAAUCCAAGUUUGCAGCCUCCUCGCCCCAACAGACCAACGCCAGCAAACGGGAUGAGACCUCUAAGAGAAACGCCUUCUUCAUCUGUCCACCCCGUCCAGGACUGCAGCUUGAGGGACAAAGGGUCGACUCUGUCACAGUCCCAACAAAAGAGAGCUCCCGUUAAGCCCAUGUGGGUAGAUGUGUCAGUGCUUCCUCGGAUACCAAAAAUCAGAAGAGAGAGUAGCAGUGUAACAACUGAUGCUGCUGGCCGCACUGACGGUAGUAGAGGAAGUAGUAGUUCCACCGGCGCUAGUAACGGUCCUGGGUUGCCUGAAAGUGGCAUGAACAGCCUCUCUCGGGACAAAGGAAGGCAGCAGAGCGUUGAUCAGCAGAAGGGCCACGCCGACGGUCAGGCCCACAAGAACAAGCCCGAAAGGGCCAGCUCAUCCUCAGCGUUCUCCAACUCCUUCGCUUCCUCCUCCUCUUCCUCCUCCGCUCCCACCAGCCAGGCUCGGCAUUCUUCGUUUUCCUCGUCUUCCGCUGUAAGUUUUCGCAUCAAUUCCAGCGGGAACUCCUGGCACGCCCGGCGGCUGAGCCUUACGUCGCCCUCUCCGGCCGGGAGCAACGUAAAGGGACAGUGGAGGGGGAAAGAAGAGAAGGCAAAAAAGAAGCAGAUGCACAAAGACAAAAAAACACUCCUGGCAUCGUGCACAGCAGUCCCUAGGGAACGAGACAAUAUUUAUGAUCCUUUUAACCCCAUGCUGUCCGAUUCAAACAGCUCGAGCGACGAAGGCGAGACCACAAGCUUGAACCUCGGCCCUGAAUCUGGCACAAACCGAGGGAAACCUCCUGCCUUUGGAAGCAAGAAGGGUUCAGUGCCAAGAAGCCAGGAUGCGGUGCAGGUGAAAACCGAAUCAGAGACGACGGAGGAAAAACCUGGGAGUUCACAGCGUGCUGCAACACCAGAAUGGAUAUUCUCUGAGGAGUGUAUCAAAGCUGAAAAAGAAUCAAGUUUAGUCGAAGUUAGGCCUGAGAAGCAAACGGUCUUCCUUAAUACUAUGAUUAAAAAAGAACCGAAUUCAGAUGAAUCUGAAACGAGUGAAUCUGAGAGUUGCGUUGACGGGGUUCUAAGCGGGAGUGAAAUAAAAAGUGAGAUUGCAGACACCAUGUCUCCUGUUUAUCAACAUGUAGAGCACAUAAAAGCCGAGAAGAAUACCGAAGAGAACAGCGAGCAUUCAGCCGAAACCUCCAGUAGAUCUCUGCUCAACUCCAGGAACGAUUCUUCGGCUUCCUGCUCAAGUACCGUCUCAAAGACGCAGACGGAAGAGACUAGAUCAGAUUCCCCAUCCCGUUCCGGUGCCCCGUUAAGAGAGUCUGGCCAUAAAAAGCAAACCUCCAAAACGUCAAAGGAUCAGCCUUCCAGUAGUUCGGAGACGGACAGAGCCAGAAGAGAAGAUCAUCAUCCUGCGCUCAGUAAGGGAGGCAAAAAGAAGGAAGGGGACAAAGGGAGAGAGAAAGACAGGAGCUCAAGGCGAUCGAGGUCCAGAGAAAGAAGGAGGGCUCGUUCGACCUCUGACAGCUCCGAGGCCGAAUCACCAGACAGAACCUACAGGAAGAGGCGGAGGUCCCGCUCACGAUCCAAAGAUAAGACCAAGAGGCGAUCCAGAUCGUGUUCCAGCUCUAGCAGCAGAGAACGUUCAAGGACGAAGAAGCAUACACGUAAGAGCGACGAGAGAAAUGAACGCCCGGAGAGAAGGCGAGUGUCUAAGGACAAAAGACGUGGCCGAUCUCGCUCUAAAUCGAGGUCCAAGUCACGCUCCAGAUCCAGGACAAGGUCGAGAUCGAAGGAUCGUAAGCGUCAGUUAUCUCGUUCCAGAUCCCGGUCUAGAUCUAGGGAAAGGAGGAAAGAUCGUGGCAGACAACAUACAACAGUUUCCUCCAGAGACAAAGGGGAUUCACGAUUUAAAGAUAGGAGACAAAGAACUAGGUCCAGCUCAAGGGAGAGACGAAAAGAAGGAUCAACCAGAAGUACAGUCAAAACCUCAGCUCCACAGCUUUUAUCCUCCAGAGACAGAAAUGAAAGAAAAAAGGAGAAAGUAGUCGCUCAAAGAAACUUGGAGAAGAACAAAUGUCCCGAAGUGAAAAAAGAAGAGUUGCCUUCGUCUUCUUUUGUCUCUCAGGUCAAAAAUGAAGACAAAAACGUUGAAGGAGGAGAGAGCCAGGCCAAAGAAAUCUUAAUAGAAAUCAAAACAAAAAAGGAGAUCAAAAAAGAAAAACCACAACCUGUGGAUAUGUUUGAAGAUUGUCCCAUCGGUGAUCAAAUGAAAAGCGAAGAGAAGGAUCUUCCCUCCUCAGCAGUGUCCAAGAGCGACGAUGAACCAGAGGAAGAUCGUAACCAGCCAGAGUCCUCGGAGACGGCCGGGUUCAAACCGGAGCCGAGUCCCACACAGGAAUGCCCCUCUCCGCCGGUCUCCUCGCCUCCCGCAACAACCAUGGCAGACCCCCUCCAUGACUCGCCGUGUCAGCCCGAGCCACAGAACACAGCCGGAGCGGCGGCCCCCAUAAAACAGGAACCCCCAGAGUCUGACGACGAUUUUAACGUCGACGUAAUGCUGGACAGUCUGGACCCUGUCAAACCGGAGAGCACGGAGGGCAGCGGCGCAGGUGCUGCACCGGAGAAAGACGCCACGGAGAAGGAUGAGGGGGAGCAGAUAUCGCCGGCCGUGGGCUCGAAGUCCAAGGCUCCGGUGAAACGUGUUACCUGGAACAUACAGGAGCCGGAGGGGCCUCAGCCGGGCAAAUCUCCAAGCAAGCUGGCGUUGUAUAAAAUGAAGCUGAAGCAGGAAGGUUCUCGCAAACCCUCUUUGCCCGUCCAGCCGUCCACUCAGGACACUGUGGUUGACCCCUCGCAGAAAGGUGUUGCGGGUUUGCAGACUGCUAGCUCAAGUUGUGGAGGCCUCAACCCUGGAGAGUUAUCCUCCACUGAGCAAGGAGAAGCAGAGGAAGGGGAUUUGUCGAGGAAAGACAAGUAUUUGAAAAAGCUGCACAUGCAGGAGAGAGCCGUUGAAGAAGUCAAGUUGGCCAUCAAGCCUUUCUACCAAAGGAGAGACAUCAACAAGGACGAGUACAAAGAGAUUCUGCGCAAAGCCGUUCAGAAGGUAUGCCACAGCAAGAGUGGAGAAAUCAACCCUGUGAAAGUGGGGAAUCUGAUCAAGGCGUACGUGGAGAAAUACAAACAUGCAAGGAAACAUAAAAAAGAAGAAGAUUCAGCCAAGGUCCCUGAUGAUCAGAGCGAGCCGAUGAAAAUAUCCGACAGCCCGUGAGGGAAUAUUACACCCGCAUCGCCAGCUUUGUGCUCGUAACUCAAGCAAACCCAGUCAUAACAGUAAACUGAAGCGGAUGCUCGGUUCCAACUUGGAACAGCUUCUUUAAGUGUUUGUUGCUAGAUUUACGUUGACCAGAAACUUUCUUUAAAAAGGACUUGAAUGCCACCCGUUUGUGUCUUUUUCUCGGCUCAUCUCUGGCAGAAAUUGAUUGUUUUUUUUGUUGUCCGGCUCAGAAACUUUAAAACGGCGCACUCUGGGGCAAAACCUUAAGACCAUCCCAUGGAAAUAUCAUUCAGGUAGCCUUCAUCUGCCACAUCACUGGUACAACAUGGUGGGAUGUUGGCUUUUUGUUUAAAAUUUAUGUUUGGUUUUUUUUCUAUACAGGUAUAUUUUGUGUUCAUGAGUGGCAACACUAAAUGUGUGUUCUCAAGUGGUGAAACUAUGCAGCUAAUGCAUAUUCACAAAUUUCACAUUACAGAAAGGACACUGUUAUGCAAUUUUUGUAGAAAAAAAAAUGACCUGUGUGUUAAUAGAACAAUUUUAGAUUCAGCUGUAAAUAAUACAGGUUUGAUAUAAAUAAGCAAGGGAUUCUUUAAUCUGUCUUGCCUGUUGUCAAUAACUGCUGUCUUUGUUUUUUUUUUAAUAUAUAUCUAUAUAUAUAUGGAAGGUAUUUAAGUUUUGUAAUUAAGAGCCUGUGUUGUUUUUCAUGUCUAACUCUAAUCUAAAUCUAGUCGAACCGGUUUGUGACAUUUGUCACUUCAUUUGUCUGCCUAUUUUUUUUGUUUUAAACAGUUGACAGUAUUUUCACAGGGCCUGAUGCAGAUUUUAUUUUAGAAUUAGAAAGACUAACUUUAUGUCAGCCUUCCCUUUGGUAUAAAUGUUCACCUUUUAUCUUUUUUCCAGCCUACUGCUUUCAUGUCUUAUAUUUGCUUUACUAACAUUUGCAGUUUUUUGUGCACUGUGUUAGGUAAUUAUUGACUAAGUUUAUUGGCAUCGUUUUAUUUGUUGGAGAGGUCAGUUUCUAGGCUGAACCCACGUUGUAAAUAUCGGUUGCUGGAGGCGCAACAUACGUAAACAUGCCUUUUGCUCGCAACGUCAAGGGUUUUUACCCUUGUGUCGCAGAUACAGCCGUUUCGUGUCUUUAAUCUCAAGUGACACUUUGUUUCAGUGUUUUCUGUUUGGCAUCUUCUUUCUCAGAUAUUCACGGCAAAACAAGUUUCCGACCGUCUCAUCUGCUGUUCAUUAGUUGCUUUACUUACUGUAAAGAUUUACUAGCAGGGUUGUUGGACUCUGCUUUUACACCCUGUGUAUAUAGGCAUAAUUAGGCCAAGACCUGGACUGGAAGAUGCUAAAAAAAUGUUUUUGCUUAUCCUUAUCUGACUGUUUAUGAUUUUUUUUCAGUUCACGUGAUGGAACAGGCUGGGUGUUUUUUCAAAUGGGACACAAAUAAAACUGUAAUAAAAAAAUGUUUUUGUUA